AUUUCAUUAUAAAAGAUACUGUAUUGACUUCACCUAUUACUUUGACGCAUGCGCUUAUUGGCUGCCGUCAAAAAGGGCUUACCAACAUUCCGAACAGUGUCGUUCCGGUUGCCGUUGUCGUGGUGUCGGUGAAGUUAGUGGUGUAAUUUUUACGUGAAUAACAUCAAAAAAUGGCGUCUGGUGUGACAGUUUCGGACGCUUGCAAGACCACUUACGAGGAGAUCAAGAAGGACAAGAAGCAUCGUUACGUUGUCUUCUACAUCCGUGACGAGAAACAGAUCGACGUCGAGACGGUUGGCGAACGCAACGCCGAAUACGAACAGUUCCUCGAGGAUCUGCAGAAGGGCGGCACCGGGGAAUGCAGAUAUGGCCUGUUUGACUUUGAAUACACGCACCAGUGCCAGGGCACGUCGGAGGCUAGCAAGAAACAGAAGCUCUUCCUGAUGUCGUGGUGCCCGGACACCGCCAAGGUCAAGAAGAAGAUGUUGUACUCUAGCUCGUUCGACGCUCUGAAAAAGUCCCUUGUCGGAGUUCAGAAGUACAUCCAAGCGACCGACCUCUCGGAAGCGUCUCAGGAGGCCGUCGAAGAGAAGCUCCGCGCCACCGAUCGCCAAUAAACAGCAUUUACACACGAGCUCGCGACGAAACCGAACCCGCUCUCCGACACUCCUGCCCUGACGACACGCGGCCACGACACCACUAGCCGCUUAGUAUUAUUACAAAGGAAAACGAAUAGUAUUGAUAUGAUUUAUUUUACUGGUGGUAGGACCUCUUGUGAGUCCGCGCGGGUGGGUACCACCGCCCCCUGCCUAUUUCUGCCGUGAAGCAGUAAUGCGUUUCG